UCGAACAUCCAGCCCAAAUCCAAACGCCAUAGUAGCCAGUAUCCCCAUCCCUCGGCCGUCGUCAACCUCGUCUACUCUAUUCCACCAUCCGCUUCCCCCGAAUUUGCCACCGCCAAACCCUAAUCCAAUCCCCUCGGACCAGAUCCCCUCUUCUCCUAUCGGAGCAAGAUCAGUUCGCCCAGAUCUCGACAUCAGUCAUCAUGGAGGAUGAGGAACUUGUUGAUCAAAAGAAGUAUCUUGAGGAACGAUGCAAGCCACAGUGUGUAAAAUCACUUUAUGAGUAUGAGAAAUGUGUCAAGAGAGUCGAGAAUGAUGAUACCGGGCACAAACACUGCACCGGUCAAUACUUUGACUAUUGGUCAUGCGUGGAUAAAUGUGUAGCACCAAAGCUCUUUAAGAAGCUCAAAUGAUGGCGUUAUGCUACUUUCUUGUGUCUGUGCUUUGAUUCCAUGAACUUGUAAUAAAGGCAACAAUAUUCCUUUGCAAGCAUGUGGGUUUCUUCGGACUGAGCAUUUGGCACAUGGAUAAGUUGAUAUGUGGUAAACCUGGUGAUCGUGUUUAUAUUCAAACCAUUCUGGUUGUUGAAA